GCAGUAGGAGAUGGCAUGACAGAUGACACCGAGGCAUUCAAGAUGGCAUGGGACUCAGCUUGUCAAGCAGAUUCUGCAGUCAUCCUUGCUCCCUCUGGUUUCUCCUUCAUGAUUCAGCCCACAAUCUUCACAGGUCCUUGUGAAGGUAGACUAGUGUUUCAGGUUGAUGGUACUCUUAUGCCUCCAGACGGACCAGAUUCGUGGCCAACGAAUAAAAGUAGGCACCAGUGGCUGGUGUUCUUUAGAAUCAAUGAGAUGUCACUGCAAGGAGGUGGUGUAAUAGAUGGUAGAGGACAAAAAUGGUGGGAUCUUCCCUGUAAGCUCCACAAGGGAAUAAAUGGAACCAGAGUCCCUGGACCUUGUGAUAGUCCAAUUGCCAUAAGAUUCUUCGUGAGCUCAAACUUGACAGUUCAAGGACUUAGAAUUAAGGACAGCCCUCAGUUCCACUUCAGAUUUGAUAAUUGUGUAAAUGUUCAUGUAGAAUCUCUACAUAUUACAACUCCUGCCCUUAGUCCCAACACAGAUGGAAUCCAUGUUGAGAACACAAGUGGUGUCGAAAUAUAUGACUCAGUUAUCUCCAGCGGUGAUGACUGUAUAUCGAUUGGAUCGGGUUGCCGUGAUGUCGACAUAAGGAACCUCACUUGUGGACCUGGACAUGGAAUCAGCAUUGGAAGUCUUGGCAAUCACAAUUCGAGAGCCUGUGUUUCAAAUAUCACAGUAAGAGACUCAGUGAUCAAAGUUUCAGAUAAUGGAGUCAGGAUCAAGACAUGGCAAGGAGGAUCUGGAGCAGUUUCAGGGGUAACAUUCAGCAACAUUCACAUGGUGGCUGUCAGGAAUCCUCUCAUUAUUGAUCAGUUCUACUGCCUCACCAAGGAAUGCACAAACCAGACAUCAGCAGUUUCUGUAUCAGACAUUAUUUAUGAAAGCAUAAAAGGAACCUAUGACAUCCGAAGCCCACCAAUGCGUUUUGCCUGUAGUGAUUCUGUUCCAUGCACCAACAUAACCCUGUCUGAUAUUGAGCUCCUCCCAGCUCAGGGAGACAUAGUGCACGACCCUUUUUGCUGGAAUGCUUAUGGCGAAUUGCAGACGCUGACCAUUCCACCAGUUUCUUGCUUAAUGGAAGGCACUCCUCGAUCCCUCUUGGAUGAUAACAUGGAGUCCUGCUAAUGCCCUGAAUUAAUCAGUAUAAUCAGUUUCAACUUUCAACAUAUAUGUGUACAUAAAAGUUGAAUUACAGA